AUGGGUGGUUUGGACAGUUCCUUCUCGGCGAUCAACCUCGACGAGCCGGAACCGUGGUCAAACAGGCGAUCCGUGAUCCUGGGCCUCAUUAUCACUUUUCUGAUAGCUUCUUGGAUUUGUGUCUUCGGUCGACUCUAUACACGUCUUAGAAUAGUCAGGGAACCCGGAUGGGAUGACUUGUGUGUCGUAUUCUACGUGAUCUUUACGACCAUUGGCAGCAUUUCCGUGUGCCUCUCGGUGAACUAUGGAUUGGGUCAACAUUUCAUACUGCUGAGCCUCGACCAAAUAUACAGCUAUCUGAAAGUAUUCUACGUCAUGAAUGCCUCUUAUUGCACGGCAACAGCAUUCAUCAAGGAAGCCUUACUGCUUCAGUAUCUCCGGGUCUACGGUCGUGGCAAUGUCAUGUACUACUUUACUCUCUUUACGGCGAUAUUUACCGCCAUGUGGGGAUUCGCCUACUCGUUCAUUGCCUGGGUACCCUGUUUGCCGGUGAACCAUUUCUGGGAGGCACCACCUAACGCGAGAUGCUACGGAUACGGAUCACCUAUCCCUGAACAAUUUGUUGGCACCUACGAAAGUCACACUGCGAUCAAUAUGGUUCUCGACUUCAUUGUGCUUAUAAUUCCGCUACCACUGCUGUUCAAGGAAGGUACAGGAUUGAAACAGAGGAUGCGGAUACUGGGUCUACUAUUCAUGGGUUCUCUAGUCAUCAUGCUCGCGAUCUGGCGACUGGCAACUAUCAUCGAACACCAAGCCGGAUAUUGGCCAACCCACGACCCAACCUGGUACGGUUCGAUCAGCAUCAUCCUGGCGGUCCUCGAAGUGGACAUGGCGGCCAUCUGUGCAAGCAUACCGAUCUUUUGGCCGGCGCUCGAGGCCAGAUGGGGCAGCAUAUUCAUCACGCAGGAGAUCAAGAUCACGCGCGAGGAGCGCUUCAUCGACGACGAAGAUGACCGCAUGUCCCUACACCCCAACAGCCGCAGUCGCACCGGCAGCGACGUCGAGCUCAAACGCACCGAGAGCAUGCAGUCGGGCUCGAAGGGCGACAACACGCACUACAACGACAUGUUCAUCAUGAGCUCGGUCGACCCGCUUCGCAGCCCGACGUCCGGCACAUCGAGAACCCAAGCCGUGGUGAGGAGCGACAGCACAAGAAAUAAGGGCAAGAAGUGGCAUCUGUGA